UAGCACACAUGAUGGCAGAACAAGCUAAAAGCAAAGCAAGGGAAGAAAACGUCGCCACCUUCCGUGGAUCAGAGUACUUCUGUUACGACCUCUCCCAAAACCCCAUCCAGAGCAGCAGCGAUGAGAUCACACUGUCCUUUAAGACGUGGCAACGUAACGGCCUUAUCCUGCAUACGGGAAAGUCAGCCGACUAUGUCAACCUGGCUCUGAAGGAUGGUGCAGUCUCCCUUGUCAUCAAUCUGGGCUCAGGAGCAUUUGAGGCCAUCGUGGAGCCGGUCAGUGGGAAAUUCAACGACAACACGUGGCACGAUGUGAAAGUGACCCGGAACCUGCGACAGGUGACGAUAUCUGUGGAUGGGAUUCUGACAACCACGGGCUACACCCAGGAGGACUACACCAUGCUGGGCUCAGACGACUUCUUCUAUGUGGGUGGGAGCCCCAGCACCGCCGACCUGCCGGGAUCUCCUGUUAGCAACAACUUCAUGGGCUGUCUCAAGGAGGUGGUGUACAAGAACAAUGAUAUCCGCCUAGAGUUGUCUCGGAUGGCACGGAUUUUGGAUCCAAAGAUGAAAAUCCAAGGUGAGGUGUCCUACAAGUGUGAGAACGUGGCCACUUUGGACCCAAUUUCCUUUGAGACUCCAGAGGCAUACAUCAGCCUCCCCAAGUGGAAUACUAAGCGGAUGGGAUCUAUCUCGUUUGACUUCCGCACGACUGAGCCCAAUGGACUCAUCCUUUUCACCCAUGGAAAGCGUCAGGAGCGCAAAGAUAAUACUCGCAGCCAGAAAAACACCAAGGUGGAUUUCUUUGCUGUUGAGCUCUUGGAUGGCAGCCUGUACCUAUUAUUGGACAUGGGCUCAGGAACAAUAAAGGUGAAAGCUACCCAGACGAAAGUAAAUGAUGGUGCGUGGUACCACGUGGACAUCCAGAGAGAUGGACGAUCAGGCACCAUCUCUGUAAACAGCAGACGGACGCCGUUUACAGCUAGUGGUGAAAGUGAAAUUCUGGACCUGGAGGGGGACAUGUAUCUGGGAGGCCUUCCAGUUGACCGGUCCAACCUUAUCCUGCCUACUGAACUUUGGACGGCAAUGCUGAACUACGGCUACGUUGGGUGCAUUCGUGACCUUUUCAUUGAUGGUCGCAGCAAGGACAUCCGACAAAUCGCCGAGGCACAAAAUGGUGCCGGUAUCAAACCCUCAUGCAACAAACAACAAGGAAAACAGUGCGAGAGCUACCCAUGCAAAAACCGAGGAGUCUGCAAGGAGGGUUGGAACAGAUUUAUCUGUGACUGCACCGGCACUGGGUACUGGUCCCGCACCUGUGAGAGAGAGGCCUCCAUCCUCUCCUAUGAUGGAAGCAUGUACAUGAAAGUGGUCAUGCCGACCGUCAUGCACACUGAGGCUGAAGACGUCUCACUGCGCUUCCGCUCACAGAGGGCCUACGGGCUCCUCAUGGCCACCACCUCCCAGGACUCGGCCGACACGUUGCGGCUUGAGUUGGAUGGGAGCCGCGUCAAACUCACAGUCAACUUAGACUGUAUCAGGAUAAACUGUAACUCCAGCAAGGGACCGGAGACCCUGUAUGCUGGGCAAAAGCUCAAUGAUAAUGAAUGGCAUACAGUGCGUGUGGUGCGUCGGGGCAAAACCUACAAGCUAACGGUUGACGAUGAUGUAGCAGAAGGACAAAUGGUGGGCGAUCACACGCGGCUGGAGUUCCACAACGUCGAAACAGGAAUUAUGACUGAGCGUCGCUUCGUUUCCACCAUCCCAUCCAGCUUCAUUGGUCACCUCCAGAGCCUCAGAUUUAAUGGCAUGCUGUACAUUGACUUGUGCAAGAAUGGCGACAUUGAUUACUGUGAGCUCAAUGCUCGCUUCGGAGUUCGCUCCAUAAUAGCCGACCCGAUUACCUUCAAGACAAAAAGCAGCUACCUGAGCUUAGCUACCCUGCAGGCCUACACAUCCAUGCAUCUCUUCUUCCAGUUCAAGACCAUCUCCCCUGAUGGCUUCAUUCUCUUCAACUCUGGCGAUGGGAAUGACUUUAUUGCUGUAGAAUUGGUAAAAGGAUACAUCCACUAUGUUUUUGAUCUUGGAAACGGGCCCAACCUCAUUAAGGGCAAAAGUGAAAGGUCACUAAAUGACAAUCAGUGGCAUAAUGUGGCUAUCACCCGAGACAACAGCAACACCCACACCCUGAAAGUAGAUGCCACAGCCACAAGUCAGACCAUCAAUGGAGCCAAGAACCUUGACCUGAAAGGUGAUCUGUUCAUCGCAGGGCUGGGUCCAGGCAUGUACGGAAACCUACCCAAACUGGUGGCUUCCAGAGAUGGCUUUCAGGGUUGCUUGGCUUCAAUCGAUCUAAACGGUCGCCUGCCGGACCUCCUUAAUGACGCCUUAUUCCGCAGCGGCCAGAUAGAGCGCGGAUGUGAAGGUCCCAGUACAACUUGUCAGGAGGACUCCUGUGCCAACAUGGGGAUCUGCAUCCAGCAGUGGGAGAACUACACCUGCGACUGUUCCAUGACGUCCUACACUGGGACACAGUGCAAUGACCCUGGAACCACAUACAUCUUUGGGAAAGGGGGAGGCCUCAUUACAUUUAACUGGCCAGCUAAUGAGAGACCAAGUACCAGAACUGACAGACUGACUGUUGGCUUUAGCACAUCCCUGAAAGAUGGCAUCCUAGUCAGAAUCGAUAGUGCCCCUGGUCUUGGAGACUAUCUUAUGCUGCACAUAGAGCAAGGCAAGAUUGGAGUGACCUUCAAUAUUGGAACGGAGGACAUCCUUGUUCAAGAAAGCAGCACCCCGGUGAAUGAUGGGAAGUAUCAUGUAGUCCGUUUUACCAGGAAUGGUGGGAAUGCUACGCUGCAGGUGGAUAACUGGUCAAUCAAUGAACAUUUCCCAACAGGGAACAGCGACAUUGAACGCUACCAAACGGCCAAUAAGAAAAUUCCUUUCAAAUAUGUCAGACCAGUAGAAGAAUGGCUACAAGACAAAGGGCGGCAGUUAACGAUUUUCAACACUCAAGCAACAAUCACGGUUGGAGGUAGCGACCGAGGCCGACCUUUUCAAGGUCAGCUGUCGGGACUGUAUUACAAUGGCCUUAAGGUGUUGAAAAUGGCGGCUGAAGCCAACCUCAACAUCAAGAUCAACGGGAGCGUGAGGCUGGUGGGUGACGUGCCCAGUGUUGCAGGUUCAGCCCGUACCACAGCCAUGCCUCCAGAGAUGUCUACCAACUUUGUUGAGACGACCACCAUGAUGUCAACAACAACCACACGGAAACACAGAUCCUCCCCAACGCAUGUGGUAGAUGACAUUGGGUCCUCUGCAGAGUGUUCAAGCGACGACGAGGACCUAAAGGAGUGUGACAUGAGCAUUGCAGGAGCUGAAUUAGUACAUGAGGAUCCAUUAGAGCUCCCCUUUGUAGCUCCCCGUGCACCCUCCAUUCCCACUCCCUCAACCCACCACCCACUCCUAACCAUUAUUGAGACCACCAAAGAGUCCUUGUCCAAGGCUACUGAGGCGGGGGUACCUUGCUUGUCGGACCGAGGCAGCGAUGAUUGUGAUGAUGAUGGCUUGGUGAUAUCGGGGUAUGGCUCUGGGAAAGCGAUGAAGUCUUACCUGCCCCCAGAUGAUGAUGAAGAUUUUCACUCGAACUUCUCCUUGUUAAGACCCACUUCACACUUUCAAGGUGACUACAAAGCACAUGCGCCCAGGACUUUUAGACAAAACAAACCUUCCAUCUUCAGAUGCGGUAGGACUACCACCAUACCAGUAACCGCCAACCAGAGCCGCACCACUACCACCUCUGCCUCCACCAGCCCUCCACACUUCUCCGGCAAAACAAAUAACCGCGAGCUAAAACCCCAGCCCCAAUCUAGUGUUGCCUCUAUUGCCACAUCCUUUGAGGUAGACAGCAGCAAGCAGAGGGGCCCAUUAAUGAUUUCCGCCAUGUUCCAUAAUAUACCCACAGCACUCCCCACAGAGCCAGGCGUCAGGCGAGUACCAGGGCCCUCGGAGGUGGUCCGUGAAUCUAGCAGCACUACUGGGAUGGUCAUCGGAAUAGUGGCGGCCGCAGCGCUGUGUAUCCUUAUCCUCCUGUACGCCAUGUAUAAGUACAGGAACAGGGAUGAAGGCUCCUACCAGGUGGACGAGAGCCGGCACUACAUAACCAACUCGGCUGUGCAGAGCAAUGGUGCUGUCAUGAAGGACAAACAACAGAGCCUGAAAGGCAGCAACAAGAGACAGAAAAACAAGGAUAAGGAGUAUUAUGUGUGACUGAGACUUUGGUCAACCCGACAGAACGGAGUAAGAAGGCACUGAGAGAACAUUUAUUACAAGUUUCCCUGUGAGGAGCUUUGACAAAUGAUGGUAUAACAUGGAACUUGAAAAAUUCUGUACUGUGCUGAAUAGUUGAACUGAUAUUUGCUGUAACAUAAAGCACACUUACUAUUAAGCAAAAUGCUUAAUGACAAGGUUAAAUAGCAACUUUAGAAACCUUACACUUCUAUCUGGUCAGAGACAUGUCGCCGGUAUACAAAUAUUUCACAGCAUCAUUCUCCUAAGUGACUUUUAGAGCUAUGUGAUCCUUGGCAUUAAACAAUUUUUGUGAAAUUGUUAAUUACAAAAGGCUCAUUAUCGUAAAUGUUUCCAGCAUGUAAGCAACAAAUAGUGCUUAACGAGAGGGGGUCAGGCACACAAAGGACACUUGUAAUCAAAAUAUUACAGAUUUUUAUGGUUUAUACAUAAUAUAAGUGUGGUGUCUUACAUAUUUUUGCUUAAAGCAAAAGAAAAAAAGAUUUAAAGAGAACAAUAAUAAAAGAAAACUAUUUUAUGUGUAUAAUAUGAAUCCAAGUGAGCCAGUUGCAAAGGGCAGACCUCAUACCAUCUGUUUGCUCUGGCAUCUAAUUCACCACAAUUAUUCUCAUUGUCUGAUGGACACAGUGACACUCUUUGUGGGAGGAAUUUGUCAGUUCUCUUGGUUAGAAGCGCCUGAUUGUAAAAUGCAUGCCAUCCUGAUUCCACAGUAAGGUGCAGUACAGUAAAAGUCCAGUAAAGAGUUUCAAUUUGGAUCACGCAAAGGCAGUUCUACAUCUAUGAUCAGGACUUCCUCUCCUCUCAAACCUCUCUAACAGAUCUCUUCUUGCUGCACAGACCAUGGUGGUUUUAUCUUUCUGCACAAGUGUGUUGGUUCAUUGCCUAUCAUUCUCUUUUUCUAUGGAGGUGUCAGGAAGAACACAGAUGCAGUACUGCAACACUGUUAACAAAUGUGUAUACAGAAAUAAACCAGAUGUUAAAAGUGUGAAUUCUAUCUGCUGUCACAGUCAACUGUGUCCGAAAAAAUGAGAAAUUUGUUUACAUAUUUUAUUACACGCUAUCUGUUGUACUUUGUAGGUAGUAUAUGUACAUAUACCAUGACAGUUGUAAUUUUUAGUACCUCUAUUGUACAGACUGAAGAUAUGAUUUAUCAACAGAUUUCAUGACAAAAAUCUAUCUAUCUGUUAAUUUACAUGGAGAAAGACUUUAACCAGACUGUGGAGAAUCAUAUUGAUAUUCAUGAAGAAUAAAAAUGUAUUGUUAGCCUAGAAAUCUACACAGAGAUGUUUCUAAAGUUGCAUGAAUAUUUAACUACUUGCAGUUGUCCAACAAAUACAAGGUGCCCUCUCUUCUCAACCAUGGCAUUCUUGUCCUGGGGUACACUGAUCUCUGUUUUGCUUUGUUUGUACUUUUUUAUACAGUGAAAGAAAGAGCAUUAAAUCAGACUCAUGGCAGAGAAGCUCAAAUAAAAGCUAUAAAGGGGGGUUCACUGUUUAAAAGGAUGUCAUUUCUUCUUUGUCAUUAGUUUGCAUCUUGUUUUGAAGAAACGUUCCACCCAUUUAUGUUUGCAUUUCUGCCAUUGCUAUUAAAAAAGUGGAGAUUUUUUUCUUAAAAAUCAUAUUUUGGGUUACAAUUGUUAUGUUUCAUCAUUUUCUUUUAUCCAUUUGAUAACAAAUAAACAUAUUUUUUUUCUCUGAAAUUAUUCUCCUAUCACUGGGUAAUUACAUUUACACAAUUAGUAAAGUAAUAGUUUACCAAAACCUAUUUUUCUGUUAUCAAAACCUACAAAGGCAUAGUAAUUAAUAAAAAAAAAAAGGAUUCGUUUUUGGUAAUACAAUUCCGACAUUUACCUAUCCUCAAUAAUUUCAUCUGAUGCAAUAUGAAGGCAAAAGCAUCUUGCUACUUUUAGAGAUUUCAGUAACUACUUCUGUUACAAACGUAAAAAGAAAUCUCAUUUUAUUUCUCUGAUAGAAACAUUAUUUCAAUUAUAGAUAGAAUUCUGAAUAUUUAUUUCUAAAUAUAUGUCACCACUACCCCAAACAUAAACAGUAAUGAUAAUGUUAAUGUAUUUCUUAAGUUAAAAAUACUUUAAUAGUACAAAAAGAUGGAGGAGUUUGUUGUGGGAUAAGUUGCAUGACCCCCCAUCAUUUCGGCAGUGACUUUUUUAGUAGAUUGAGAUGCUAUGCUCAAAUACUCCAACUUUAACCCCUUGAUGCCUGAUGCUGGAAAUCUGCAACAAACAAGCCAGUUAUUACACAUCGAGUGUGGACCUAGGAACUUUUAGAAAGCUCUUUAUUGCCUUUAAGUAAUUGCCCAAUUAAAUAAAGUCAGUAUAUAUCUAUACAGAUAUAUAUCCAUAUACUGGCAUCAAGAUGUUAAAUAGUUAUAUACCUUCUCAAAAACACAGCUGGAAGGACUACAGGAGCUCCGACCCGUAAAAAAAAAAUUUGCUGUUUUUCCUCAGUCUACAAUGGACUUGAUGUAGUUUGUGAUCUCGUAUCAUGAAAUACUUAUUUUCUAGGGUUUUUAUUUGACAAUUUACAAAUGAAGAUGUUUUAUGUUGUUUUAUGUCACACAGUACUUUUUAAUGAAUUUAAUGGGGGUUUUUUCUUUUUAACUAAGAAUGCCAAAUUGCACAAUGAAUCAACAGAGAUUUACGGUAUGAUAUUAACAUAUCAAAAUAUGAUCUCUUUUUGUAGUAGAAAGUCUCAAGCACUAGUGGUUGUAACUUCCAGUAGAAUAAAAAACAAGACAUAGUGAUAAAUAAAUAAAGAACAUUUAGCCAAUAUAACAACAUAAAAACAAUAACAAGUUUGCCUUUAAUAAAAUGUCCCCUUGGCAAAAUAUGAAAUUACAUGAUAAAACAAAAACUUCUAGUUUAAAGUAAACAACCUCUUAAAGCUAUAAGGCCAGCAUGUUUUUGCCUUUUGAAUAUUUGCCUUAAUCACUGUCUAAAAGAUAACUUUCUUUAUGUUGUUGUUUAUGUGUAUGUCUCCAUUUGAUUUAUACCUACAAAUCACACAGAUCAUUGUUGUUCAUCAUCACACUAGUUGGGGAAAAUUAUAGCCUUACCAGUAACUAACCUUAAACACGUCAUUGAGAACUUUUAAAGGAAGCCAGCUUCAAAGAAAUAAAAAAAACAUUUAGAGGAUGUAUAUAAUUUGGCCUUUAUCACUAUUUUGUAAAAGACAAACACAUAGUAGAAUAUACCAAUCCAUGACAGUAAACAGAAACAUUUAUUCAACAGUUUUUGAAAAAGAGAAUAGUAUAGGGAUCUUUUAAGGUCUUUGUAUUUGUACUUAGGUUACUGAGAUGAAAUGCACAGUUAAAAUAAUUGCAUAUACACAAGUAAAUAUUUUUGCCAACCACUUCUUUUUCACUUUACAAGUAUAUGCUAUAUUGUGAUGGUUUAUUAAAUCCAAAUCUAAUGUUUUGGUUUAUAAUGCGACAAAAAAAAAAAAAAAAUUUCACUAUCAAUGUAUUCUUUUACAAAUAAAACUAGGUAUGUUCCACUAUUUUUAUCCACAAAGUAUGAUGGAUACUUUAAAUCUUGUAUUGUGCUACUCAAUUCGAUCAAAACACCCACCUUUUUUAAAAAUCCAUUUAUUAAAUUUUUAAUGUGGACUGUCGUGAAGCUUAAGGCAUAUCACAUGGAGCAGAUAUUUCCCUAUAUGGACCAGGGCAGUUUUGCUCUACAACAAAGAUUUCUCCUGACAGUUUAAUUGCAUGGUUAACUUUAUUAAAUUCAAUAUUAUUGCAGCACUGCAUGUUCCUUCCCUAAUGCCCACAAGACCUAGCUUCCCACCUCAUGACACUCUUAAUAGUGUGUGUAUGUGAUUGUGAUUAUGUAAUGUGUCGAUAAGUGUGCCUGGGUGGAAAAGCCAAAGUGCAUUAAAACUGGGGUUGUUGCUGGGGUGAACCAUCCCCAAAUGCUUGUUGACAGCAGUUUUCCCCACCUCAUCAGCAACGCCCUAUGUGUUUCCAGUUUAUUUAAUUCAGUUUAAAUAAAUUCAUAUUGCUUUUAAA